GCGACAUCAUUCAUUCCUGGCGCGACGUGUGUGUACCGCGGACCGGCGUUUUGUGCUCUACAUUGCUACUUUUUCGAAUGAAGUUUUGUCUGUACGGACUUUCCACAAAAUCAUCAGACAGAAUCACGGACAGUAGCUCACAUAUACCAUGCCGAAGAAAAGAGCGCCCCCAAAUAAGAGAAGAGGCAGUGCACAGACUGAUAAAGCUGGAACCGGCAAAGCAGAAAAUGGCAAAGUGACCACCAACGGCACAGCUUCAAAUGAUGUGAAUGGCAUCAUUGAUGAGUUAGACUUGUUAGAUCUAGCCUCAGAUGCGCGGGCCUGUACCGGUGUCCUGUCCUCCCAUCCAAGUAGCCGCGACUUGAAGAUUGAUAACUACUCGCUGACAUUUCAUGGUGUAGAAUUGUUUCAGGAUACCAGGGUGGAGCUAACCUGUGGGAGGCGGUAUGGACUCAUUGGCCUGAAUGGUUGUGGAAAAUCCUCUUUCUUAUCAUCUCUGGGAAAUCGGGAAGUACCCAUUCCUGACCACAUUGACAUCUUUCAUUUGAAGCGAGAGAUGGCAGCAUCAGACAAGACAGCAUUGCAGUGUGUGAUGGAGGUAGAUGAGUUGAGAGUGCGACUAGAGAAGGAAGCAGAAGAACUAGCUCAACUGGAAGGACAAGAAGUUGAGGACACACUGAUGGAGAUUUAUGAACGUCUUGAUGAGAUGGAAGCAGACAACGCUGAAGUCAAAGCGGCAAGAAUCCUUCACGGUCUUGGCUUCACCCAUGCCAUGAUGCACACCAAGACACGUGACUUCUCAGGUGGCUGGCGCAUGAGAAUCUCUCUGGCGAGGGCGCUGUUUGUCAAGCCGCAUCUAUUACUUCUAGAUGAGCCCACUAAUCAUCUGGAUCUAGAGGCUUGUGUGUGGCUGGAGGAAGAAUUGAAGAGCUACCAAAGGAUAUUGGUGCUGAUAUCUCACUCUCAAGAUUUCCUGAAUGGUGUGUGUACCAACAUUAUCCAUAUGCAUCAGGGUAAACUCAACUACUAUAGUGGUAAUUAUGACAGCUACGUCAAAACACGAAGUGAGUUGGAAGAGAAUCAGAUGAAGAAGUAUGACUGGGAGCAGGAGUUUGUGGAUUGUUUGCAGGACUACAUUGCCAGGUUUGGGCACGGUAGCGCCAAGUUGGCUCGUCAAGCUCAGAGCAAAGAGAAGACAUUACGGAAAAUGGUAGAAGCGGGAUUGACUGAGAAAGUCGUGGAAGACAAGACGAUAUCCUUUUAUUUUCCUGACGUGGAGAAGGUUCCACCUCCUGUCAUCAUGGUCCAGAAUGUGUCCUUCCAGUAUGCCGAAGACAAGCCACUCAUCUACAAGAAUCUGGAGUUUGGGCUGGAUCUGGAUAGUAGGAUAGCAUUGGUAGGACCAAAUGGUGCCGGCAAGUCAACUUUACUCAAACUCAUUGUAGGAGAACUCAUUCCAUCUGACGGCCUAAUACGAAAGUAUUCUCAUCUACGGAUCGGCAGAUACCAUCAGCAUUUACAAGACCUGCUGGAUCUAGACUUGAGUGCCUUGGAAUGGAUGAUGAAGAACUUCCCAGAUAUCAAAGAGGUGGAGAAAAUGAGGCGAAUCAUUGGUCGCUAUGGGCUGACUGGCAAGCAACAGAUCUGUCCUAUACGUAACCUCUCGGAUGGCCAGCGAUGUCGUUGUAUUUUCGCCUGGUUAGCUUUUCAAGGUCCACACAUGCUGUUACUUGAUGAACCUACCAAUCAUUUGGAUAUUGAGACUAUUGAUGCUCUAGCAGAUGCCAUUAAUGACUUUGAUGGUGGUCUUGUGCUUGUUAGCCAUGACUUCAGGUUAAUCAACCAGGUUGCCAAGGAAAUCUGGGUUUGUGAGAAGCAGACAGUUACCAAGUGGUCUGGGGACAUCUUGUCUUACAAAGAGAACCUGAAGAGGAACAUCUUGAAGGAGGAGAAAAGCUCCAAGAAGGAAGGGGGAAAGAAUGGAAGCAAAGCCAAGAAUGGAACCAGCAAGAGCGGAAAAAAGUAACGUAGAGAACAUCCUUUGAAUUGGAGUUUGGGCAGGUUGGCUCCAUACAUCUACAUUUACUUAUUGGAAAGAUUGUACGGUUAUCUGUAGUUGGUCUGGUUGUCUGGUAUUGGAUUUGCUGUCACCCUUUGAAGCUUAUUUGACUUGUUGGAAAACUUUUGUCACCCCUGAAGAUGUUUUAUGAGAACAAUUUAUAGUGUGUGUUUCUUGACCAUUCUAAAAGACGGUCAUUGUGUGCAGGUCAUAUAAAGCCAAGUGUUUAAAUGUGAAGGUUUCGAAGAUGACCGUAGACAACUUAUACAUGUGUUUGGUGUAUGCGUGACAAUGGAAAUUUGACAGUGCAAUUCUUGAUACAGAUCUCAGACCUUCUAGAAACAACGAUGAAACAGGCAGUUAAAGUUUUCUCUGGGGAAGAGUGAUGGAGGUAACUUGGUCCAGUUUUAUUGUACCCUUGAAUACUUGACAGAAUUUGUGCUGAAUGUAAGAAGUGAACUAGUUUCAUCCAUCCCCAUUCAGAAUUCUCGCGUUACUUUAACACUCAAAUAACUUGUUUCUUUACACUAUAUCAGGUCCCAUAGCAUAAACCUAGGUUACCAGUCGUGCAGCUUUUUACCAGUGAAUUUUGGCAGAAUAACUUCCAGGUGCGUGUGGUUCAGAUGUGCAGAGGAAAGACUGUAACCAGGCCUGUGGAGGGAAGUGGUGUACACUCAGGUAGUUUGAUUGGGAGGGGGGUUGCCUUUGAGAAAGUUGGCAAGAUUCAUGACAAUGAACACUUUCAUCAUGUUCACUAUAAAGCUGGUUGGUUUGGGUCACUGGAAGCAGUGAACAGUUUUUAAGAGUGCAAGUAUUUUCUUGGAGGGGGGGUUAGUUUAGAUUUAUGAUGUUUGUUUGUUUACAGACUACACAAUCCAUAAGGUUACAGCUGCAACAAUGGCAUAUCCAGCGUUAGGUGUUUCGAGGUCAAACUCAAAAGUGAAUACAGCUUCAGGCUCAUUCAAAAAAAAUAAAAAACCUUACUCAUGUCCCAACAUCCUUGCUUUUAUUUGCUGGUGUUGUUUUCUUAGGAAU